AGACUUGGGUGUCCUGUCGGCUGGGAAUCCACAUGCAUUCGGGCUACCUGAGCAGUCAUCUAUAAGUCUGCUCUCCUGGACAAGCAGGCUCUGAAACAGAAUCUAGACCAUUCAGCUCUUCAGACUCCAGACCUCAGACCUCGGUUGACAUUAGCCAUUGAUGGGCUCAGACAAGGCCAGUUUCCAGCACCUGGGAUGGUGGGUGCUUGUGCUUGUUCUCUUGCUGGGAGCCUGCCAGGCACACCCCAUCCCAGACUCCAGCCCUGUCCUCCAAUUUGGGGGCCAAGUCCGGCAACGGUACCUCUACACAGAUGACGCCCAGGAGACAGAGGCCCACCUGGAGAUCAGGGCUGAUGGCACAGUGGUGGGGGCUGCCCUUCAGAGCCCCGAAAGUCUCUUGGAGCUUAAAGCCCUGAAGCCAGGUGUAAUUCAAAUCUUGGGAGUCAAGACAUCCAGGUUCCUGUGCCAGGGGCCAGAUGGGACACUGUAUGGAUCGCUCUACUUUGACCUCGUGGCCUGCAGCUUCCGGGAGCUGCUUCUUGAGGAUGGGUACAACAUUUACCAGUCUGAGGCCCGAGGCUUCCCACUCCGCCUGAUGCCCCACAACUCCCCAUCUUGGGACCUGGACCCCUGGAGACCCACCCGAUUCCUGCCACUGCCAGGCCAGCCCCCAGAGCCCCCAGAGCCUCCAAGGGUCCUGGCCCCAGAACCUCCCGAUGUGGGCUCCUCAGAUCCCUUGAGCAUGGUGUGGCCUUUGCAGGGCCGAAGCCCCAGCUACACUUCCUGAAGCCACAGACUUUAUUAUUGGGUCUCCUCUUUAUUUAUUGGGUUAUUUAUCUUAUUUAUUUUUCUUACUUGGAAUAAUAAAGAAUCUGAGAGGAUGAUCAGAGUGAGCAUGU